CGUUACUCUUGGUCUCGUGGAACUAUGCUCUACCACUGGCAAUUAUAAAGUUCCUGCUAGAUCAUAGCAUGUACGGCCCGGCGAUUAUAGUAUUCAAACGUUCACCCUCAAAUCAUGAUGAUCCUGAUAACAAGCUUGGACCCUGAACCCGCGCCGCGGCCCACAAUAAAAUCGCUUCCUCAAUGAAUCAUCGCAUCGUCUCCCAUUCUUCUGCAAUCAUCAUUUCAUGUCUCCUGAUCCUACGUCUCAGCAGCUAGACGAGGAAACUCCUUUGCUUCGAUCAGAGGGAAAUGCGCUGGCGAAGAAACCACAGACACCUCUACCAUGGCGCCAAUUCUCAAUGGUCCUAGUGUUGCAGAUAGCAGAGCCAAUGACAUCGCAAGUUAUCUCACCUUUUGCGCCUCAGCUCAUUCGUGACAUUGGGAUCACCCACGGAGAUGAAGCGCUUGUUUCGUUUUAUGUUGGGCUGUUGCACUCGCUAUUCUUUGCAACAGAAGCGCUCACCAUUUUCCACUGGAGUCGUCUCUCUGACUAUAUCGGGCGCAAACCUGUGCUGCUAAUUGGACUGUUCGGGCUCUCCCUCUCAAUGUUCUGCUUCGGUUUGUCCAAGACAUUCUGGACCUUGGUAAUAAGUCGUUGCUUGAAUGGCGCACUCAAUGGAAACAUUGGCGUUAUGAAGAGCAUGGUGGCUGAAAUGACAGAUUCGACUAAUAUGGCCCGUGCAUGGGCAUUACUCCCUCUUGCAUGGUCCAGCGGUGCCACGCUUGGGCCACUCAUUGGUGGAGGACUUGCGCGACCUGCGGAUAGGUUCCCUAAUAUAUUCGGAGGUUCUGAAUUUCUGAAGAAAUAUCCAUAUUUCUUGCCGUGCGCGGUCCCUGCCACGGUGUCAGCGUUAUCAUGGAUUGUCAUUUUUCUUUACUUGAAUGAGACCUCAACUCCCCAAACAAACAUUAGCCAACUGCUACCUUGGAAAAGGCGCGCGAUUGUUCCUUCACCCGCGCUGGAAACUCCGCCAGUAUCAUCUUUGAUCGGCGAUAAGCCCGUCCCCAUUCGAGCUCUUUUCGUUCGUCGUGUACUUAUCGCAACCGGGAGCUACGCAAGUAUUGCCCUUGUUGAUGUCGCAUUUCGCACUGUACAACCCGUGUUCUACGCUACUCCCAUAUCGCUGGGUGGUCUGGGACUCGAUACUCCAGCCAUUGGAACUAUCCUUGCGGUCCAGGGAACUUCAAAUGGCGUAAUGCAGAUAUUAGCCUUUGCCAAGCUUCAUGAUAUCAUGGGUGCGAAAAAACUUUGGUUGUUCGCCAUGACGUGCGCCCUGCCUAUGAUUGCUCUCUUCCCGAUUAGUGGCGUUGUUCAGAGUAUAUGGUAUUUGGUGGCCCUGCAGAUAGCUCUUACGAGCUGUACGAAUUUCGCAUAUGGCGUCUCGUUUAUAUAUAUCGCUGCGGCUUCUCCUAACCGAGCGUCCGUGGGCGCGACAAACUGGAGACAGUAUCUUGGAGGAAAUCUGGUAUAUUGUGUAAUGGUAGGUAUGGUGUGCGUGGCGACGGGCGUUGGCAUCUUGUUACCUCGUACUAUGUGGAUUAACUAGCUUAGAGCGAAGCGAGUCUUAUUUGUUGGGUCAAUGCGACUAGCCCCA